AUGAGCACUUUCAAGAACGUCGCUCUCCUUGGUAAAGGAAACCUCGGAUCCGCUAUUCUCAAGGAGCUUGUUGACGCCGGUUUCAACGUCACCGUCUUCGGCCGUUCCGAAUCCAACAGAGAAGGUCUCCCGUCGGGUGUCAACUUCGCGCUGGUAGACUACGCUUCCACCGACAGCCUCGUCUCCGCCCUCAAGGGCCAGGACGCCGUCAUUUCGACCCUGAGCAAGGGCGGCAUCUUCCACCAGAAGACCAUCAUCGACGCCAGCAUCAAGGCCGGCGUCAAGCGCUUCGUCCCCUCCGACUGGGGAACCUUCACCACCGACCCCAAGGCCCACCGCGAGCUGGCCAUCGUGCUGGGUCCCAUGGUCGACAUUCAGAACUACCUCGCUGAAAAGGCCCGCGCGGGCGAGAUCGAGUACAACAUCUUCUCCAUCGGCGGCUUCCUCGACUUUCUCAUCAACUUCCCCCUCGCCUUCGACUACGCCAACAAGACUGUCGAGCUGUGGGACGCCGGAAACUACCCCAUCAGCACCACCAGCCUUUCCAGCAUCGGCAAGGCGGUCGCUGGCGCGUUGAAGAACCCGGAGGCCACCAAGAACCGCAACCUCAAGAUCCACGAGCUGGUCGUGACGCAGGCGCAGCUGGUCGCUCUGGCUAAGAAGUACUCCCCUCCUGGAACGGAGUGGAAGGAGAUCAAGGUCGACGGCGAAGCGGGAUUCGCCAAGGCCGUUGAGGCUGUAAAGGCUAACCCGUCCAACGAGUACGCCAUUCUUGGUGCGAUCAAGGCUGGCCUUCUCGCUGGCAGAUUCACAGCUUCGUAUGAAAAGGUCGACAAUGAUUUGGUUGGCGUCCCUCUCCUCAGCGAGGCCGACCUGGAGGCCAGAUUUGCGGCUGUGUACAAGUCCUAG